AUGAACGUUCAGAGCUUCCCCCGGCCGCCACGCCUCGAGAAAAUAUCUCGACAUCUACAGGUAGUUUACAAGGGGCAAACGAUUGCUGAGACACGAGAGGCAUUUUGGGCGUUGGAGACUCACCAUCCACCGACCUACUAUCUCGCGCCGUCUUCAGUUAAGAUUCCCCUGACCAAGACCAAGAAGAGGACAUUUUGCGAGUGGAAAGGAAUGGCGACUUACUACAUGAUCCAACUCGGCGACGGCGAAACCGUCUGCAACAGGAUAUGGUCGUACGAGCAGCCGGCAUCGCCAUUUGAGCCCAUCCGGGGGUACCUGUCCUUCUAUGCCGAGCCGUGGGAGUGUUUUGUGGACGGCGAGAAAGUCGAGCCGCAACCUGGUGACUUUUACGGCGGAUGGGUGACUUCCGAGGUUGAGGGCAUCGUCAAGGGUCGAUCUGGUAACUUGGACCCGGUAGUUUGA